AUGGUGUCUGAAAUGGAUUGGAAUUGGGACGUUGACUUAAUGUCUUAUAUGGAUCUUGAAAGUGUGAUUAAAAGUCCAGGAUAUGGCAACAUAAAGUGUCUUUGGUAUUGGAACCCCGUGUUCUCAUUUACUCGAGACCUUCGACCGUUGAAUAAUGACCAAGAUGUUCUAACCAUUAUUGAAGAUGUUAAAGGACAUAAUAUUGUCGAUGUUUAUGUUGAACGCCCAGUUGAAAUACCUGAUUUUGUUGAAACAGAUGAAGUGAAUGUGGAGGAUGUGCAAGGUGAUGAAGUGAAUGUGGAGGAUGUGCAACCUGAUAAAGUGAAUGUGGAGUCUGAUGAAGUAAAUGUGGAUGAUGUGCAAGCUGAAAAAGUGAAUGUGGAGUCUGAUGAAGUAAAUGUGGAUGAUGUGCAAGUUGAUAAAGUGAAUGUGGAUGAAGAUGAAAAUGGAACAGAUCCUGAUUAUGAGCCUAGUGAUGAGGAUGUGGAUGGAAUUGAUAUUGACUUAGGCCCUGAUGUUGAUGUAGAUUGGACAACAGUGUUACCCAAUGAUCAAACUAAGAAUUCCUCAGGUCAUAAUGUAAUUUCUGAUAACGAGAGUUUUGAUUCAGAUGAGCUUCAAACUCCCCCAGAAAGUGAUGUUGAAGAUGAGACUGAGAGGUUUCCAAUUUUCAAAAAUAGCAAGAUGUUUGAGUUAGGCAUGAUGUUCAAGGAUAAGUUGCAAGUUAGAGAUGCCAUAAAAGAGUAUGCAAUGGAUAAGAAGAAAAAUGUUGUCAUAAGAAAAAAUGACAAGAAGAGAAUGGUUGUACGAUGCAUGGAAGGUUGUCCAUUUUAUAUGCGCUUUAGUAUGAGGACCAACAAUCUAUUUUGGCAACUUGUUAGCUUCACCAAUGAACAUAGUUGUUAUCGGACACCAAAGAAUAGACAAGCAAAAACAAAUUGGUUAGCUCGUAAUUUUGUUUAUACAUUACGACAUAGUCUUGACAUGAAGACUAAAGGUUUGAUUGCAGAAGCCAUGCUGAAAUGGGGUGUGAAGUUAUCAAGUGACCAAGCUUACAGGGCCAAGAGGAAAGCAAUAGAGCUGAUUCACGGGGCUGGUCGUGAACAAUUCACACAUUUAAGGAGGUAUGCUGAAGAAUUGCUCAAAUCAAAUCCAAACUCGAUGGUUAAGAUACAAUGUGCUGUUUCCGAUGGUGGUCCUGUUUUUGAGAGAAUUUAUGUGUGCUUGGAAGCAUGUAAGGCUACAUUUGCAACCACAUGCAAGCCACUUAUUGGGUUAGAUGCAUUUUUUUUAAAAGGGGAAUUUGGAGGUCAAUUGAUAUCUGCUGUUGGUAAGGAUGGAAAUAACAAGAUGAUGCCAAUAGCAUAUGCAGUCAUGGAAGCGGAGACAAAAAAUUCAUGGCAAUGGUUCAUAAAGUUAUUACUUAAAGAUCUACAAUCCAUUCAUCACAAGGUCUAUGGAUUUAUCUCCGAUCAACAAAAGUCAAAACAGUAUUACUUUAUGUCAAAACAUUAUGUUAUUGCAAUGGCUGAAAGUUAUUACAAUAUAGAGUAUGUUAUUACAGGAUUAGUACCAGCCAUUCUAGAAACCAGUCAACAUGUUGAACAUAGAUUAUGUGUGAAACAUUUGUAUGGUAAUUGGAGAAAGAAAUAUCCAGGGCUAGAAAUGAAAGAAGCUUUAUGGAGGGCUGCUAGGGCCACAACUAUACCGGGGUGGGAGAGAGCAAUGAAUCAUAUGAAAGAGCUCAAUGUUAAAGCUUGGAAAGACAUGAUGGAUGUUCCUGCAGCUUGUUGGAGUAGAUCUCAUUUUAAGACAGACACUCAUAGUGACUUACAAGUAAACAAUAUGUGCGAGGCAUUCAACAGAGCAAUUUUGGAGUACAGGGACAAACCAAUUAUUUCACUGUUGGAAGGGAUCAAACAUUAUUUGACAUUAAGGAUUGCAACUCAAAAAGAAUCUUUAGGUCGAUUCAAAGGCAUCAUAACUCCUAAAAUCCAACAAGUACUAGAAAAAACAAAGAGGGAGGCUGAAGGAUGGAGUGCAACAUGGCAUUCAGAUGAUGAUUUUGCACUUUUUGGAGUGUCGAAUGGUGUUGAAACAUAUGCUGUGAAUUUAUUGCAGAAGAAAUGUGGUUGCAGGAAGUGGGAUCUAACCGGGAUACCUUGUUGUCAUGCUAUUGCUUGCAUAUGGAGAUCUACUGUGAUGGAUACUUAUAGCCAUAUCAUCUUGCCGACAAAUUACCCGCAACUAUGGGCGAAUGACAAAAAUGAACCAAUCCAACCUCCGGUCAUGAGGAGAGCUAUUGGCCGCCCAAAAAAGAACCGUAACAAAACAAAUGAUGAGCCAAGAAGCACACAAACUUUACCAAGAAAACUUCAAACGGUUAAAUGUCAAAAUUGCGGAAAGAUGGGACACAACAAGCGCACUUGCAAAGGAAAAAGGGCGGCUGAGAGAGUAAUACCGAAAGGUGGUAAUAAAAAAGUGAAGACAAAGGGUGGUGGACAGACUGUUAUAGAAGGAGGAUCACAAGCUCCAAGACCAACUCAAUAG